UGGUAAUGAGUGCGCUGUUGUGUAGAAUAAUGGCGUGAGCUGAAGUUUACUGCGGUUGUGUUGUCUGGUUGUACUAUAGUUUGGUAUUUGAAAGUGGGAUAAAGUUUACGUUUGUGCUGUUAAUAUUGUUAACUCUUUUCUCGAACUGUGUAACUAUAGCUUGUGCAAAAAAAAAUUGUACUGUGUUAAUUGACCGAAGCUUUUUUAUUUUGAAAGAGUAAAUUAUACAACUACUGGAAUAACGACACAUUUGUCGUCUUAUAAGUUAUACUUACUUCUCUUAUAGGCCUAAUAGUAAUACUAGUAAUGGUAAUAAAAUUACGUAAAUAACUAAAUUAUUGGAGCAGAACUAGGACUAACGACUACUUUAUUUAGUACUAGUUAAAAAGUAGUUUUGGAACUUUCGUUUGUAUUUUGAAUUACUGAUUACGUCUAAAUAUCUACUGUAGUUUCUAGAGUCGCAAUACAGAAGUUGCAUAUCAAUUCUGCAACCUACCGCACCACUACCAGUAACGUAUAUAAAACUAUAAAUUAUGAUGCAGUUUCUAAAGUUCGAGAUUUUUUAUUUCGCUUUGACAUGCAUACUCUUCACAUUAACUGGGGUUCUUGGAGAAGAGGGACAGUGUAUCUGGUAUGGAACUUGUGGACAGAGUGACUUUGGAAAAGAUCUCCCAUGUCGGUAUGAUGGACCUCCUAAGCCAUUAAGAAACAAUAAAACAGUCUCCGACUUAAAGAAAAUAUGCCCUGAACUAGUCUCAGAUGAAGAGAAUGAACCACUUGUUUGUUGUGAUGAGAAUCAGAUUGAGAACCUGGUUUUAAACAUGAGGACACCUGAAGCCCUUGGCUUUGGUCGAUGUCCAUCUUGCAUGAGCAACUUCAGGAAAAACUUCUGUCAGUCUACUUGCUCCCCCAAACAAAGCACGUUCCUAAAGGUAAUAAGUUCAGAGAAGAAUGAAGAUGACAAGGAGAGGGUGACUGGUCUUCAGUAUUUCCUGUCAAAGAGGUUUUCAGAUGGUCUGUUUGAAUCGUGUAAGAAUGUGGAAGGCCUUGUCCCAGGUUCACCAUUACUGGAACUGAUGUGUGGGAUGUGGGGACCGGACUGCACUGCCCAACGAUGGUUGGACUUCAUGGGUACAACUCCAUCUGCUGGAGGUUUUGCACCUUUCCAGAUUCUGUUCAAUAUAACAGAAGAGUCAUCUAUAACAGUGAAUGGCCAGACUUUUUCUCCCAUGAAUGAGCCAACUUUCAAAUGUUCUGAAGCAGCUUAUUUGGGUGGUUAUGCUUGUUCUUGCCGCGACUGUAAAGAUUCUUGUUCAACGGAAACCUUAGCAUUUGAAGUUCCUGAGGAGAAGGAACCUUGGCGGAUUGGUGGACAAGAUGGAAUGAUUGUCCUUAUGAGCAUCAUCUUUUUUCUCCUCUCUCUUUUCAUUACAGUUGCUUAUGUACCACACUUACACAAAACUUUCUGUGGUUUUGGGGAAGUACUCUCCCCCCGAAGACUUGGCCGUCUAAAUCCCCGUGGUGUGACAGCAACAGGUGUAGAUCUGGGCUCCCUUGAAGAAGUAGAACCUCUUCGGUCAAAGCAGACAAAUUCAUCACAGCAUCAGAUGGGUGAUAAUAUCAUAUCAUCAUCAUCCACUACAAGCAGUUUCAGUGAGGGUGAGAUGGACAAGAAAGUAAAAGCCAAUGGGACCCCAAAAACCCAGAUUCUUGAUGAUAUAUCCUGCUUUGAGAAACUUGGAGCGAGUGCAGAACGAACUUUAGAAUCUCUCUUUUGUUGGUGGGGAACAUUUGUUGCCAGUCAUCCCUUGCCCAUCACAUUACUUGCCCUUCUAAUAAGUAUACUACUUGGUCUGGGGCUCGUCUUCAAGUUUGAAGUUACCACCAAUCCUGUUGAUUUGUGGGUGUCUCAUUCCAGUAAAGCACGGCAGGACAUGGAGUACUUUAACAAACACUUUGGUCCUUUCUAUCGUGUGGAGCAGAUUAUCAUAACUCCAUCAAACAAUGAAUCUUUUGUAGCAGAAGUGAACAAGGAUGGUCUUGCUAACUAUACAUGGGGACCCGUGUUUAGGAGGGACUUCCUUCUAGAGGUUCUGAACUUGCAAAGGAAAGUAGAAAGUUUGGUAGUGAGUAAAGAUGGUAAAAAUAUCUCCCUGUCAGACAUCUGUCUUGCUCCACUGGCUCCAGAAAACAAAGCUUGUGUUAUACAAAGUGUAUUUGCUUAUUUUCACUCAUUCUUCAGUGAAGGAGAAACAUCUCUACCUGUUGAAUACUUAUCUCAUAUACUGGAUUGCACAAGUAACGGUUACCAGUUCCAUUGUCUUGCUCCAUAUGGUGGCCCCCUCGUACCUCCUGCAGUUGCUUUUGGUGGGUUUGAAAAUAAUACUCUCCACACAGCAUCAGCUCUAGUCAUCACUUUUCCUGUAAACAACUAUAACAGUCCUGAGCUGAAUGAGGAUGCUUUAGUUUGGGAAGAAGUUUUUAUUGACUUCAUGAAGAACUUUAGCAGUCCCAAUAUGACGGUUGCUUUUAAAGCAGAGCGAUCUAUACAAGAUGAACUGGAGAGAGGAAGCCACUCUGACAUCAUAACAAUAGCCACCAGCUACAUCAUAAUGGUUGCCUACAUUGCUAUUGCUUUAGGAGAAGUAAAUAGCUGCAAGACAAUACUGAUUGAUUCGAAGAUAUCUCUUGGUCUGGCUGGAGUUGUGAUUGUGUUAUUGUCAGUCGUGUCUUCUCUUGGAAUCUUUUGUUUUGCAGGAGUGCCAGCCACACUGAUUAUCAUAGAAGUUAUUCCUUUCCUUGUACUUGCUGUGGGUGUGGACAACAUCUUCAUUCUAGUACAAGCAUAUCAAAGAGAUGAACGUCUGCCACAUGAGACAAUGCAGGAACAGAUCGGUCGUGUGACUGGAGAAGUUGCACCUAGUAUGAUGUUAUCUAGUGUUUCGAUGUCAAGCUGCUUCUUUAUUGGUGCCUUGACUGAAAUGCCAGCUGUGAAAUUGUUUGCACUUUAUGCUGGAGUAGCCCUAUUAAUCAACUUUCUUCUGCAGAUGACCUGUUUUCUUGGGCUAUUUGCUCUUGACACCAUAAGACAAGAGGAUAACCGUUUAGACAUUUGUUGCUGUGUCCAAGCUUCCAAAAAGAUCAAGAAAACUAAAGCCUCACAGAGCCUCUUGUUCAAAUGUUUCAAAAAUAUCUAUGCUCCUUUCCUUAUGAAGAACUCUGUUCGAUUUGUGGUGUUGUUAGCUUUUUUGGCCUGGUUCUGUUCUUCUAUGGCUGUGAUAGACAAGAUCGAUGUUGGAUUUGAUCAAGAUCUUUCCAUGCCUGAAGACUCGUACCUACUGAAUUACUUCAAGUAUCUGUACCAGUAUUUAUCUGUGGGACCUCCCGUUUACUUUGUCAUCACAGCCGGCUACAAUUAUUCAGAUGUCAGACUUCAGAACAGACUUUGUGCACUGCCAUCGUGUAGAAAUGACAGCUUGUUUUUUCAAAUUAAGGGGGCGGCAGAACUCAGUGAAAAAACGUAUAUUGCGGCAGAGCCUGCAAGCUGGUUGGAUGAUUACUUAGAAUAUAUGAAGAGUGAUCAGUGCUGCUUUGAGCAACAAAAUAAAACCUUCUGUCCUUCUUUGGCUGCAAAUGAUGAUGAUUUAGACUGUGAGAGUUGUGCCAGACCUCAUUCGCGUCCAGCUGGGUCCGAGUUCAAUCAUUAUCUGGAGUAUUUUUUACAAGACCUACCCAAUGAAUACUGUGCAAAGGCAGGCAAAGCUCAGUUUGGUUCUGCUGUCGAAUUGAUCCAUGGCAAUAAUAGCUACACCAGGGUGGGAGCUACUCACUACAUGACAUACCACACUAUCCUAAAGACUUCAAAGGACUUCUAUAAAGCCCUGGAGUUAUCUCGUUAUAUCUCGGACAAACUGACCGAACAGAUCAGAACAGAAACAGCCGACUCGGAUGUUCGUGUGCUUCCUUACAGCAUAGUCCAUGUGUUCUAUGAGCAGUACCUCACCAUGUGGCCCGACACACUGAAGAGCUUAGGAUUUUCGGUGUCUGCCAUAUUUGUUGUAACUUUCCUUUUUCUGGGACUGGACUUCUUCUCAGCAGCAGUUGUUGUGAUGACCAUUAUGAUGAUUAUUGUCAACUUGAUGGGGAUGAUGUACUGGUGGAAUAUUUCUCUUAAUGCUGUUUCUCUAGUCAACUUGGUUGUGGCAGUUGGAAUUUCUGUUGAAUUCUGCUCUCAUCUUACUCGAUUGUUUGCAAUUAGUCCAGCUCCUACGAGGAUCAAGAGAGCCCAGGAUGCACUAGAACGAAUUGGAAGUUCUAUUUUAUCAGGUAUCACCCUCACUGACUGUGGGAUCCUGGUUUUAGCCUUUGCGAAGUCUCAGAUUUUUCAAGUGUUUUACUUUAGGAUGUAUGUUGGAAUCAUUGCAUUUGGAACUCUUCACAGCCUGAUAUUUCUACCAGUAUUUCUAAGUAUUAUAGGUCCUCCAGUAAAUAGACAGAAAAUGUAUGACCAUAUUCACCUCCAAGAUCUUCCAUCUGAAGGAAGACUGGCUGAAAGUGUAAACAUGUAAAGAAAUGCCUGGGUUAGAGGAUAACAGAUGUGUUCCAGUUCUAUGAAUAAUUCAUGCACUGUAGAUGUCCUGUGAGGAAUGGAUGUUUGUUUUUUUAUCUCUAAUUACUGUUGUUAGCUUUUUUAGUUGUAAAGUGUUCUUUCAUUCAUAAUAUCCCAGUGAGUUUUGUAGUGUCACAUAACCUAUGUUAACUUAUUCCAUUCCUUCACUCUAUUGUGAAUAAAAUGCAUGAUUUCAGUCCUUGUGGCAUAGCAAAUAUGACAAUUAAAAACAUUUAACUAUAGCAUGCAUGUCUAUGCGGCAGAUGGCAGAGAUCGUAGUAUUUCACACACCUUCCCACUGAAAUAAUUAAAAGUAACUACAUAUUAUAGUUGAAAUGGGCCGAAACUGAAGUCCUGCUCCUCCAGUUGUUUCACCCAGAGUAAUGAAUGAAACAAUGUUACUGGUUCCAUCCAAAACUGUUAACAUUUCAAACAUUUAUUGCCUGAGUCCAACUCCUUUAAAAAAAAAAAGUCAUCAAGUUGUCUUUUUUUCCCCUGACAAUAAAAUGAAGUGUUUUAUAAUGAAGCUUCCUUUUUAAUUCCAUCUGUACUCUAUACUGUACAUGUUGCCUUUCAAGAAAGUCCUGUGCCUAGAUGUGCUUCUGCUACCCUACUUAUUACUUAAAGAAUUUGAUUUUAACAUAUUUAUAUUAUUUAAAGACAUACUUGCAAUCUGUAGAAGAGUUAAACUCGCAUUGUCUUUGAAGCUAAUCUGUAUUGAUGUAAAUGUACUUCCACUAAUACUCUGUAGUAAGCAUUUAUGAAACAUUUUAAAUGUUUAUUAUUUGUAUACAGUAGAGUUAAUUACGUGUGUGUAGUUGUAGUUAAAAACUGCUAUUUGUAUGACUUGUCUCCUUUCUGCUGGUGUUAAGAAAAAUUUGUUUAGAGGAAUAUUUGGAAUCUAACAUUCCACUUUACUUGUUUUUGUAUCUAGGGAAUGGUUUCAACAGUACCAUAACUUUAAGCUCUUAAGCUCUAGCUAAUUUUUGUUUCUAUCACACUAACACAGUUCUUAGCUUUAUUCUAUAGCAACUAUAGUUAGGGGAACAUUACUGUGUCUUAGUAGAUAUAGACACUGUUGAUGUUUGUAUGAAAGAUUAUAUUUAAUUCUGUAUUAAUGAUUUUUGUGUGCUAUUAAAACUUUGUUCUACUUAAAA